CCUCAAACUCCGCAUGGGUUUUGCUUCAUCAGGGUUUUAGAUCGAUCUCUCUCAAAAUGUUGAGAAACCAGCUCAGAACGCCAUUGACAACCUUCAUUCGGAAAACCAUACCUCAAUCCAUUUCUCUCCAAUCACUCGAAGAAAACAUCACCCCGUUAAAAAAUCAACCAAAUUUCUCUACUCCCAGUCCCUGUACCUUCAAUACUAACGCACAAACAAGGGUUUCAAGGAAUCCCCAAAUUCACCUCAUAUGGAACUCCGAAUUUCUUGGAAAAAGUUCCGGUUUUUGUUCAUCAGCAUCUUCCACCACGUGCUGCUGGAAUUGUAAGAGUCAGGGGCCGUUUCUGAUGUGUCAAUCUUGUGGGAGCAUUCAACCUGUCGAUCAUUCAGUUGAUUACUUCAACAUUUUUGGGCUAGAUCGGAAGUUCGACAUUGAAGUUGGAAGCUUGGAAGGGAAGUAUAAAGACUGGCAGAAGAAGCUUCACCCCGAUUUAGUUCACACAAAAUCCGAGGAAGAAAGAGAGUAUGCAGCUGAACAAUCUGCUAGGGUUAUCGAUGCUUAUACUACACUUCGUAAACCAUUAUCACGAGCAAUUUACAUAAUGAGGCUUGAGGGUGUUGAAGUAGAUGAAGAACAAACUGUCUCAGAACCAGAAUUGUUGGGUGAGAUCAUGGAAAUUAGGGAAGCCGUGGAAGAUGCCAAUGAUUCUCAAGCCCUAAACCAGAUCCAAUCCCAGAUGGAUGAAAAAUUGAGCCAUUGGUAUAAUUGUUUUGCAAAUGCUUUUCAAAGUAAAGAGUAUGAUGAUGCUAUAAAAUCAAUCCAAAGAAUGACAUACUACCAACGGGUGAAGGAAGAGAUUGUUAAGAAGCUCUAGAUUCGUGUUUUUGCCUUUCAAAUGGGCUUCAAGAAAUCAAGAAAAACAAAAGAAAAUUAAAGUGAGUAAA